CAAAUUGGCGUACUCGGACCAAUAGGAAUGCCGGAAGGGACUCGACGUCACCGCUGUUGGCCAAUAGCGUGAGGCCACGCCAAGAUCGUCGACCGAGUUCCCCGUCAGCUGCUGAUUGUGUGGCGGCCGACGUUCGUGUAGCGGGCCGGCGUUUCUCUCAGACUUGUCUCCGGUUUGGUUGUGUGUGAGGGCUCGGUUUCUUUCUUCCUCGGACUACACCAAGGUUUAAAUUGAGAAAGCAAAAUGACCAGGCUACUGUUGCUGGGCCUUCUGGCCAUUGCUGUGUUUGCUGCUGAAAAAGAUGACAAGCCUGAUGUGGGAACAGUCAUUGGCAUUGAUCUUGGUACCACAUAUUCCUGUGUCGGCGUUUUCAAGAAUGGCCGCGUGGAAAUCAUCGCCAACGACCAGGGAAACCGUAUCACCCCCUCGUAUGUGGCCUUCACCAAGGACGAGCGUCUGAUCGGUGACGCCGCAAAGAACCAGCUCACGUCGAACCCCGAGAACACGGUAUUCGACGUGAAGCGUCUCAUCGGACGCGAAUGGACCGACAAGAGCGUGCAGAGCGACCUGAAGUACUUCCCCUUCAAGCUUAUUGAGAAGAACAGCAAGCCGCACGUGCGCGUGGAGGUGGACGGCAAGGACAAGGUGUUCACGCCCGAGGAGAUCUCGGCCAUGGUGCUCUCCAAGAUGAAGGAGACGGCCGAGUCCUACCUGGGCAAGAAGGUGACGCACGCCGUGGUCACGGUGCCGGCCUACUUCAACGACGCCCAGCGCCAGGCGACCAAGGACGCCGGCUCGAUCGCCGGCCUGACCGUGAUGCGUAUCAUCAACGAGCCGACGGCGGCCGCCAUCGCCUACGGCAUGGACAAGAAGGAGGGCGAGAAGAACGUGCUGGUGUUCGAUUUGGGCGGCGGUACCUUCGACGUCUCGCUGCUGACCAUCGACAACGGCGUGUUCGAGGUGGUGGCCACCAACGGAGACACUCAUCUCGGCGGAGAGGACUUCGACCAGCGCGUCAUGGAACACUUCAUCAAGAUGUACAAGAAGAAGCACGGCAAGGACAUCCGCGGCAACAACCGCGCCAUCCAGCGGCUGCGUCGUGAGGUCGAGAAGGCCAAGCGUGCGCUCAGCUCCCAGCAUCAGGUCAAGAUCGAGAUCGAGAACUUCUUCGAGGGCAACGACUUCUCUGAGACGCUGACCCGUGCCAAGUUCGAGGAGCUUAACAUGGACCUGUUCCGUGGCACCAUGAAGCCAGUGCAGAAGGUGCUGGAUGACGCCGAUCUGCAGAAGAAGGAUGUUGACGAGAUCGUGCUGGUCGGAGGCUCGACCCGUAUCCCCAAGAUUCAGCAGCUGGUGAAGGAGUUCUUCAACGGCAAGGAGCCGAGCCGUGGCAUCAACCCGGACGAGGCUGUGGCUUACGGUGCCGCCGUGCAGGCUGGCGUGCUGAGCGGCGACAGUGACACCAGCAACAUCGUGCUGCUCGAUGUGAACCCGCUUACGCUCGGUAUUGAGACCGUGGGUGGAGUCAUGACCAAGCUGAUCACCCGCAACACUGUCAUCCCCACCAAGAAGUCCCAGGUGUUCUCCACGGCCUCUGACAACCAGCACACGGUCACCAUCUCCGUGUUCGAGGGCGAGCGGCCGAUGACCAAGGACAACCACGAGCUGGGCAAGUUCGAUCUGACUGGCAUCCCGCCGGCGCCUCGUGGCGUGCCUCAGAUCGAGGUGACGUUCGAGAUUGACGCCAACGGCAUCCUGCAGGUGUCUGCCGAGGACAAGGGCACCGGAUCCAAGGAGAAGAUUGUGAUCACCAACGACCAGAACCGGCUAACCCCGGAGGACAUCGAGCGUAUGAUCCAGGACUCUGAGAAGUACGCGGACGAGGACAAGAAGCUCAAGGAGCGCGUGGAGGCGCGCAACGAGCUCGAGUCGUACGCCUACAGCCUGAAGAACCAGCUGAACGAUAAGGAGAAGCUGGGCGCCAAGCUGUCCGACGACGACAAGUCCAAGAUCGAGGAGGUGAUCGAGGAGAAGAUUAAGUGGCUCGAUGCCAACCAGGAGGCCGACGCCGCCGAGUUCAAGGCCCAGAAGAAGGAGAUGGAGGACAUCAUUCAGCCCAUCAUCUCCAAGCUGUACCAGGGCGCGGGCGGUGCGCCACCCCCGACCGGUGACGACGACUCCAGCUCGGACAAGGACGAGUUGUAGACUAGCGGCGCCGGCAGGGGGACACUGCAAAACCGGUGAUAUUUAUUUUGUGUGCGCACAUGUCUGGUAGAAGGCCAUCAUCUUCUCCAUCUGUGAAUUGGCUUGCCGUGCACUGGACGUGGUAUUGCGUUUUCUCCAGCGUGCGUGUGUGCGUGUGACUGUGUGCGUUUGGGAGAGAGCGUGAGAAUCUCCAGUGCCGACGCAUGAGCUGGUGCGAGUGAUCAUUCCUGGGUUGGACCUCGUAAGGGACGGGAAUGUGUUAUGUGGGGACGGGGCUAGGACAUGACUUUACAGACCAGAUUUUUGUUGAGUCGACUAGUGGCAUUUGUUCUGUUCACAGAUUACGGUGUCAUGUUUAAUUUCGUUGCUUGACAACUUGUUUAUAUUUAAUCGUUAUGAACCCUGGACAAAAUGCCCGAAAUGGUGGCUGUUGCUGCGUCACGGUUGUACACUUGGUGGAAACUGCGGUGUUUCAAAAGGUGUUUCUAAUAAAAAAAUAUGGAACAUUGUU